CUCUCAUCAUCUUCAUUGCAUCCGACAUCACCAGCUCUGUUUCCCUUUCCCUCAGACCGCCCAUCAACUAUCAUUCAGCCGUGACUCCCGGCCAGCUCCUCGUCCCGUCUCACGCCGAUGCGCAGUUUGCUUAGUCAACACACAUGUUAAUUUUGCGCAGUCGCCGCCGAGACGGCUUUCACGACGCAGUGACGUCUUCGCACUUUGAAGCCUCCUGCCCCGAGCUCCCUCGACACAAGUCAGAUGGCGCCGGACUCACCACCCUCCACAUUCGCUCCCGAGCUGCCGGAAGUAGCCUCUUCCCCUGAGCAUCCUUCAACCCGCCCUAAUCCAUUUGACGACGGUGACGUCUCGUCGCGCAAGCGCCGCCGCACCUCAGCCUCUGGAUCCCCUGCAGCAUCUCUCGACACCGCGAACCCAGUUCAUGACGCCUCGAGCUCCACCACACUUGAGGGCGAUCAGUCCUGGUCUGGAAGCACCAUGGCCAUGGACGAAAAGCCUACCAUUCCACGCACACCGGAGCAACGACAGGCCUCCCCCGAACCGCCACCUAGCCGCGUGACCAUCAAUCUCCGCAGACGCUCAGAGUCAGGCUCGCCACCAGAGUCGCCCACAUCCCUCGAGCCGACGCAUUCCGGAAUUGACCCCACGCUUCCGGACGCUGCUGAAAUUCGGGAGAAUGCACGAAACUCCGAUGCAGAGACGACGGAGGAACUGCCUGCCGAAUCUGGGAGCACGCCAUCGUCAAGGCCUGGCACGAGCCCUGCUGUUGAGGUCAUCCAAAUCACCGAAUCAGAGGAAGCCUAUAGCGGUAAUGAUCAGGAUAUGGAGAUUUCAGCUGCGAUAUCCGGCACUUCAGCGGUAGAUGACACCCUGCUCAUCGCCGAUCCAACACCUCAGUUCCCAUACCGUCAGCCAUCUGAGCGACUGUCCGCGACAGUACAGCGCCUGACUGACUAUCUUUCAUCAAAUAAAAUUGUGGACGGCCACGUCUUCGACGACAUCGUCACUUGGCUGAAUGAUUAUCUCCAGUUUGCGAAACAGAAGGGCGCAAUUGUCGUAUUGGAGUCGAGGCUUAUCAAUAGAGACUUUUGGCAGUCAUUCCCACAGAUCAUUGUCUGUCUCUUGCCGCGAAGGUGGGAGCUCUUGAAACACCCAGUACUGAGGAACCGUCUCUUGAGCCUGUAUACCGCAUUCACACGGUUGAUUGCACACAAUAUCGCACUCGAUACAAUUGCCCUACAAAGCAUCUCAUCUGCUGAUGGCGCUUCAGCGCCGGCUAUCUUUGCUCCCGCAUACAUUCAACAGCUUCGUAACACGGUGUCGUCCAUCGACUACCAGCCCGACCAGAUGAACGAGCCCGUGUCCGAGCCCGGCUGGAAUCCUAUCAACCUGGAACUUUACCUCUUCAGAAUCUUGCAUGACAGCACAGCAGGUUGUGCCGAGAGUCUUGCACAGCUCGUUGACGCGCUGGCCGGCGCCGUUUCUCGAUGGCCGAAGCUGGCAGAUCACCUGGCGCCUCUGAGCCUUGCCCUAACGGACUAUACUCGCGCUGCGUUACGCGGCCUGAAUGAGAGCCAAAAUGAGGAUAAACGCGCCAACGGCGAUCUUGCCGUCUGCCAUCAGAUGAUGGAAACAAUGUCAACUGCCUUGAUGGCGGUGAUCGACAAGCACAUCGCGAGCCUAAGCCCAGACUGUGCCAGUACAGCGAUCCAGUGCCUCGCUGAAGUUCUGCCCAUGUCUUUGCGCAGUGAUAACCAGCAAGCAAAAGAUCGAUUCACGAAACACAGAGCUCGAUACCCGACACUGGUCUUGAAGACUGUGUAUGAAGCAAUUGCGUGGGAUUGGAAAGUGGAUGCCUUGGAAAAGCUCGUUCGAUCGAGUCAGAUGAACAUGCGCAUGGCCGGCGUCACCACGUUGUGCACGCAUCUCGUCUCCCUGUGGAAGCGUUUUAACGACGGCGUCGAAGACUGCAGCGUUGAUGUGGUCGAGCACUUGGCCGAAUACCUGCUUCAUAUCGGGCUUGUUGACUACAUCCUCGGCGGCAGCUGCCAUCCGGAAAUCAUAAUUGAGUGUGCAAACGUCAUCGGCUUUUUGGUUGUUACGAAAACCUACCGUGCGGAGCACUCCGAUAUGAUAUGGCACGGCUUGACAUCAAGCCAGGAUCCUCGUGUUGUGGAUGCCCUGAGGCGCGUACUCACUACUAUUUCGGCGCUGUUUGACCAGGCGGAGCUCUUGCACAUCUGCAAAAGGUUUCAGUCACUUCCUCUGGAGCAUUUCACGGUGUCGGUUCGAACUGCCCUGGACAAUAUCCUGGGUGAAAUGAUGCGCCGAUGCAACGGGGAUCAUUCUACGCUUCCCUAUUACCCAUACGUCCUCUGCCUGCGUCUGCUGAGAGAGUCGUCUGCUAUCUCUCAUGAGUCCCAAAUCGCGGAUCAAGAGGUUCAGCGUCUCGCGAUGCAAAAGUUCAAGGAACUCCUUGGCUACGGCCCCGAUGCUGAAGGUCGGGCCCAGUUGUACCAGAGCUGUAUCCAUGACAUUGCUUCCAAGUCUACCACAACAUUGGGAAGCCUUUGGUGCCUUUCAAUGGCAAUACGCAAUACGACGGUUACUCAGAUGCAAGUCUUGGCAGAACACCACGACCUGGCGAGGUUGAUUGUGGAGGAAUUAGAACACGCUGAGCUCGCGGAUCGAUCCGGGGCAGGAUGCGCCGUGUUUUCCGGCACCAUCAACCAUCCACGACGGGAGUUUGUGACCAACCUCAUCCAGCUGCAGCCUGGAUCUAUCGACAAUGAUUUGGGAGCAAGACUAUGGAAUUUGCUCGUAGGGUCAGGGUCGGCCUGCCCAGAUGACAGGCGCGCGGGGUGGCACAUCAUCCUCAGCGUGUCCAGAAGAACAUCAUUCCGCAACACAUUUCUCGACACAUGCUUUACAUCUCUCCUGCCGAAACUACCAACAGAGUAUCUCUGCGAUGGGGUUCUCGAGUUCAUCAAGGAGAAAUUACAGUGCUUCUCUAACGAAGGCGGCACAUUACUGGAUGACGAGACCCAUGUUGUCCAGACAGCGAUCGAACAGCUCUGGAGACUGAUACUAGAGGCAGACGAUUCGACCCUUGUAAACCAAGCGAUCGCAACGCUUGCCCUUGGCGUGUACUUGGAAGGCUGUUCUGUCGCCGGCCAUCCGUUACCUCAUGCACGGCGGAUGCACCUUGCGCUCGUCGGUCGCUGCCUGAACCAGCUCAAGGGUGCCGCUGAUACUCUCAAGCGAUCUGUCGAUGGUUCACCAAGCAGCGAUGGCGAUUCGAUGAUCAUUGUUCUCUCCGAAACGGAGACUGCUAGACAGGAGCGCGUCUUUACUCGUUCUCUUCAGCUGCUCCGUUUCUUCCUCAAGAAAUACCAGUCAAAGCCCAACUUUGCUGUGGCAGACCUGCGGUCUUACAUGUCUAGAACACCCGAUCCAGUCGAGGGAGACUCAGCGCAGCUCAAGUAUCAAUCCUUUGAUGGCGACGAACAAACUGACAUCAUGCCAUUGAAUAUUGGCAAAUUGAACACGGUGUCGUCACUCCUUGCCACCCUUCGGGAAGAGACAGGGUUCGACAACUAUCGUGCGUAUUACCGAGGACGUCAGCUAUUGCCGGCAGAAGGAGAUAGUUGCAAGUCAUUGCAAGAGCUUGACAUUCAGGACGGCUUUAUCAUAGUCAAGCGGGAAGAGAACUAUUCAUCCUCGCCAGUGCGGAUCAAGCCCGGAUCGCUUCCGCUCGAGGUGGAAGUUCUGGCACACUUUGAGGAGCUCUGGGACUACCUUAGCAUGGAGGAACGGAUCGCAGAAGAGAUCUAUGACUUUGUGGUAAACAUUCCAGCGGACGGCUACAUCAUGUCCCAAUUUGAUAGCGACUCGACGUCCUCUUACCGAGAGUUGUUCCUCCCCGGGCAGCCUUUCAAGUCUCUGUAUGCCAUCCAUGCCCUGACGGAGUACGUCGAGAGCCCUCGUCGGACUACUGCAGCGGCUCCCCCAGCACAGAGCCCCGAGAGUAAUGCAACGUUCAAAGUGCACGAUGAGGUGCUCCACAGGUCUUUGCGCCUCAUCAUUCAGGCGCUGUCGGACCCGAGCGUCCUCGUGGGAACUACAACACGGCUCAAGAUGCGGGUGGCGAGUGCUCUGAUGCAGACUUUUGUCAAACUGACACAAGGGACGCAUCGGUGCAUCGCAUCUGAAGCCGUCUGCAAUCCCGUCAACGGGCCAGCUCCUAAGCGCCUCUUCGAGCUAUUAUACAAUGCUCUUGAAUGUCAAGGCGACGCGGGCUUGCCGCUGAUUGCGAGCACAUGUGUCGCGAUUUUACGGCUUGGCCAGUCGGAUCAGAAUUUCUGGGCUAAUAUGGCCCAAGAGCCAGCCUUCCAUGACCUCAUUCAGACUCUUGUUCUUUACGACCCGAGAAGGGCGGUAAGAAUGACGGCUGUGGAGCUUCUGGAGAAUUUUGUGGACGCGGACGCCCCUCCGUAUGACGACAACGAGGACCGAGCCACAUCGUCUGAAGACCCGGCAGUUCAUGGCCUUGCCCAAUACCUGUGGCCGGUAGUCUCAGAGCUCAUACGCGAUGCUGUUCAGCUUCCCGACCAGUGCCAUGAGCUAUUCAAGCUCCUGAAGAAGCUUUUGGUACAUUUGGGUGGACAGAUUGACCUGGGGCGGCUGGCGUCGCAAAUCAGCCGACUCUUGUUAGAGCAUGGAACCACCGAGCACAUGUCGGAUCAAGACCCACACGACCCUGUCAUCGCUGGCCUAGCAGCCCUGCUGCUGUUGUGUCUCAACGAGGAUUCUGCUUUGGUCGCAUCCGCGAUAUGGCCUGAAAAAUUCAUUCGUCACCUUUUCACACGACAUCUGUUCCCUGAGCGGGUCAAGGAAGGUUCCCUUUCAGUAUCGCGAAUCGUCCUGAACACAGACACUCGAGCGAAGCUAUACGAGAUUAUCUAUCGUUUCGCCAGCCAAGACUGUGAUGAGCUGCAUGAGGUAUUGGAUUUGCUCAACCAGCUUGUGCCUUUCUUCGAGGACGAUAACGACGAGCCGUACCUCUACGAUCUCCCCCAGCAAUUCGAUCGGUUCAAGGCUCUUCGUGCACCUUGCGGUUAUGCUGGACUCCGAAAUUUAUCCAACACGUGCUAUCUCAACGCCUUGCUAACGCAGCUGUACAUGAACCCGAGCUUUCGGCAAUUCAUCUUGAGCGUGAACACAGAGGAUCCAAGCGAUACCCAGGAGCUGCUGUUCCAUACUCAGAAUGUCUUCGGUUAUUUGCAGGAGAGCUAUCGCCGCUACGUCGAUCCAAUAACCUUUGUCAGUGCCAUCAAGACCUACGACGAUACGAUGAUCGACAUUUACAAUCAGAUGGACGUCGAUGAGUUCUACAACUUACUGUUCGAUCGGUGGGAGGGCCAAUUCCCUCUAGCUGAAGACCGCAAGCAACUCAGAUCCUUCUACGGCGGACAGCUGGUACAACAAGUCAAGUCCAAGGAAUGCGAACAUAUUUCUGAGAGGCUUGAGCCAUUCUCGGCGAUCCAAUGCGAUAUCAAAGGGAACGGCACCUUGGAAGAGAGUCUCCAGGCGUAUGUGGGCGGUGAAGUUAUGGAUGGUGACAACAAGUACAAGUGUUCCACGUGCGACCGACACGUCGCUGCCGUCAAGAGGGCCUGUCUGAAGGACGUCCCCGACAAUGUCAUUUUUCACCUGAAACGUUUCGAUUUCAACCUGCGGACCCUUCAGCGUAGCAAGAUCAAUGAUCGCUUCUCCUUCCCCCGCAAGAUCGACUUGCGGCCUUACACCAUGGAGCACCUAAGCAAUCCAGAUGCUGCUGCAGAAGAGGAUAUUUUCGAGCUCGUUGGAGUUCUUGUUCAUACGGGCACGGCCGAGUCAGGUCACUACUACUCGUAUGUCAGGGAGCGACCCUGUACUCCUGGCGUUGACAGCUGGGUUGAGUUUAACGACGACAUCGUAACGCCAUGGGAUCCGUCGCACCUAGCAAACGCGACGUUCGGUGGCCCUGAUCACCGAGCCGCAUUCGACGGCAACGGUAUCAUUUACGACAAGGCGUAUAGCGCUUACAUGCUUUUCUACCAGCGAUCGUCAUCGCUAGAGGCGCAACAGAGUGUAAUGACCACUCAAAACCUAUCCACUCCAUUACGCGUCGAGGUACCGGGUCCUCUGCAGGAGCACAUCGUGGCGGAGAACACAGUCAUUUUGAAGCGUCAUUGCCUUUUUGACCCAUCUCACACUAUGUUUGUCCACAGCUGUUUCGCCCGUGGCAAGCAGAUGGAGAGGCAAUUCGCCUCGCUGGAAGAUCGAGGUCACGAGCUGCAAAGCCUUGCCGUGGAGGUGGCGCUGUCACACCUGGACCAAAUCGUUUCGCGCACCAAGGACACGCCCUUCUUCGUCCCCUACUCGAAAACGCUUCAGGACGCAGUUUCCGACUGUCCCAAAUGCGCACUGGAACUCAUCGAGUACUUCUUGCUGCGGCAUUCGGCAUAUAGGGCACUGAUUCAGCGAAGCCCCGAGCAGCACGUCAGGGCGUUUGCCGGCGAAAUCAUGAUUCGUGCUGUCAAGAAGAUCGCCGAAGAACUGCCUCAGGUCUACAAUGGCGAUAGCCACCACGUGAUAGAUGCUGCAUCAAUCGCCGACGGACUCGACCCUGACGACAUGUCUAGGCACAGCAGCCUUGCGCCAGAUGGCGAUGUCGCGAGGCAGCCGGUGUUGCGGGGAAUGGUCACGCUGCUUAAUUAUCUAUGGCAGUUCUUCCACCUCCAUCUUCGCUCGUGGGAUGAGGUCUUUGGCACCAUGCUAGCGUUCUCGAAGCUCGGACCGCGCGAGGCCGUUGCGCUCCUCUCUGAAGACUUCCUCGAGCGGCUCCUGCGCAUCAUCACCGCCGACACGUCGAGCCAUCUGGCCGCAAACUAUGCUCGCAUGCUCACCGCCAUUCUCCGACGAGGCAACAGGGCACCGUCGUAUUCUGCCAUUAUUUGUCUCAUCGACCACCUCAUGUCGCAGCUGCAUCCUACCUUCGGUGCCGAGUUCAUCAUCGAGGAUGCCUCGGAUCGACUCGACCAGGAGACGCCUGUUCCCUGGACGUCAGAGGAGGUUCAAAUUAUACACGACGAGCCGGUUGGCCGCGUGGGCAGUCUCUUCGUGGAGAAGGUUUUGUCCAUCGACCAAGCCCGGGAGGCCACGAGGAGCAUCGUGAGCCGUUUGACCACCAUGGGUUCAUAUAUGGAAGUGAAGGUCCUGGAAACCCUGAGCCGCAACACACAGAUUGAUUCAGUGAAUCCGCACUUCGAGGCUUUCCUCAAAGGGGCUGAGCGAUAUAUCGAAAGCACCCGCGCGACGAAGCACGUGGAACUCCUCAUCCGCCACAUCUGCGAUCAAGCCCGUAAGUCGCAGAACUAUGAAGGGGCAGCGUUACUCUCCUUCAUGCGGUUCGCGAUGCGCUCACAGCAACCCGACGAAGCGGCAGCCGAGGCCAGAAGGUUGUACUGCCGUGACCUGAUUCCCUCAUGGGCACCAUAUCUGCUGGUGUAUCCCGACACAGACACAAGACACGACGCGGAGCAGCUUAUCGAAAAGGAGAUUUUUGAGCAGCGGUUUGCGCGUGCGUCCGCAGGGGACGAGGACACUGGCGAGUUAGACAACACCGAAAGCUUGAUAGCCGUCGAGUCGUUGGAUGAGGUAAUGCACCAACUGGCGACACAGUGUCUCGUGUACUUGCGCGAGGCGCACAUCAAGCGUCGAGUUCGGAUCGAGCGCCAGGCGGCCUACUGCAUACUUCGAGUGGUGGGCAAAUGCGCACCGCAGCCGGGAAGCGCGCAGGAAACCAGACUCGAUGACGACAUCAUGUUCUCGGCGAUACAGAGCGGUAUGCGUUCUUUUGCCCUGUGGCCUGCUGGUGUCGUGGACAGUUCUGACAAUGUCGCAGAGAUUGUUGAGCCUCUGCAGCGUCUUAUGGUGGAUGAAGUGGAUGAUGACGUCUCGGGUGAGUCUGACUCUCUAGUGACUGCGUCCAAGGCACGACGGCAUAUGGACUGACAAGCCAAAGAUUGGGAGGGUUCGUGCGCGUCAUCGGAAGCCAUGGAUGCCAACGUGGGUAUCUCCAUGGAAGCAGUUGGCCAGUUUAACGAACCAGACAUGGCAUGAUGCUUGUCGCGGCGCGAGGGCAUGUAUUGGGGGGGCAGAGG